GACUUCUGUUGAUCAAAGUGACUACAGUGGGUUCGAGGUAGAAACGUUUCGAAAGUGCCAAAUACCUAGUUACCUAGAUAGCCGGAAGCCUAGAUAUCCAGAAGAGGGUUAGUAACAAAAGGGAGACUGAAAGUGCCAGGAAGGAAGCAUAGAGGGGUACGGAGGGACAGAGAGACAGAGAGGGUGAUAGUUGGUAAACAAGAAGACGAGAAGACGCUGCUGUCAAAAGGGGUGACUGCGAGAGGCUAGGCUAAUUCAUCAUCCAAGGAUCGAAGACGUGGCAAAAUUAUGAGCGAGGGUACGCCAAAGUCCCAGGGCCGAACCGUGCCUGAUGGCUCGCCAGCUCGCAUGGAAGCCGGCGAUGGCGGCGGCGCCGGCGGAGAUGGCGACUCCAUGGUGGGUGGGGGCAAUUCCGAGAAGAAGGCGGCAUACGAAACGAAUCUCUUCCUGUACAGUGAAGAGAUGGAAGUCCGCCCUCGGAUCUCCACGCUUCUCAACAGCCUGUCGGACUACAGCAACACGAUCCCAGCUGCAACCGAUCCGGAUGCCAAGCCAGCACCCGUGCAAGGCGGAGCACGGAUGGGUACCCUGUUCGGUGUCUUCCUGCCUUGCAUCCAGAACAUCUUCGGUGUCAUCCUGUUCAUUCGUUUGACCUGGGUCGUCGGUACUGCAGGAGCUGUCCAGGGUUUCUUUAUAGUCCUGUGUUGCUGCUGCGUGACAAUGUUGACAGCCAUCAGUAUGAGCGCCAUUGCGACCAACGGCGUGGUGCCUGCUGGGGGGUCCUACUUCAUGAUAUCCAGAAGUUUAGGUCCAGAGUUCGGUGGUGCCGUAGGGAUGCUCUUCUAUACCGGUACCACUCUAGCUGCUGCCAUGUACAUCAUCGGUGCUGUUGAGAUAGCCUUGACUUACAUGGCACCAUCGCUGAGUAUAUUCGGAGACUUCACCAAGGAUCCCAGUAUCAUGUACAACAACUUCCGGGUGUACGGCACAGGUCUGCUGAUCGUCAUGGGCACUAUCGUGUUCGUUGGGGUGAAGUUUGUCAACAAGUUCGCCACGGUUGCAUUGACCUGCGUUAUCUUCUCCAUCGUCGCCGUCUACGUGGGAAUAUUCUACAACUUCUACGGCAAUGAAUCCCUCAAGAUGUGCGUCCUGGGCAGGAGGUUGCUAAAGGACAUCGACGUGAUGGCUGACUGUAACAAAAACGUUAGCGGGGUUCUUCAUCAACUUUACUGUCAGAACAACACCAGGUGCGACCCUUACUAUUUGGAAAACAACGUGACAAUCGUGAAUGGAAUUCGAGGACUUGCCAGUGGUGUAUUCUUAGAGAACAUAUGGGAUAGCUUCCAAGAAGAAGGCCAACUGAUUGCUUAUGGCAGAGAACCUAAGGAUAUCGAUGUAAUGGCAGCUUCUACGUACAACCAGAUCCAGGUCGACCUUACUACUACGUUCACGAUCCUCAUUGGCAUCUUCUUCCCUUCAGUCACAGGAAUCAUGGCUGGCUCAAACAGAUCAGGUGACUUAGCAGACGCCCAAAAGUCUAUUCCGAUUGGCACCAUCUGCGCCAUUUUGACGACCUCGACGGUGUAUCUCACUUGUGUUUUAUUCUUCGCUGGCACAGUGGAUAAUCUCUUGCUUCGAGACAAGUUUGGCCAAAGUAUCGGUGGUAAACUGGUAGUGGCGAACAUGGCCUGGCCCAAUCAGUGGGUAAUCUUGAUCGGUUCCUUCCUGUCAACCCUCGGCGCUGGUCUCCAGUCUCUGACAGGAGCUCCACGACUGCUUCAAGCCAUCGCUAAAGAUAGUAUCAUCCCUUUCUUAACCCCGUUCGCCACCAGUUCCAAUCGUGGCGAACCCACGAGGGCUCUAGUGUUGACAGUCAUCAUCUGUCAAUGUGGUAUUCUUCUUGGCAAUGUUGACUACUUGGCUCCCUUGUUGUCCAUGUUCUUCCUCAUGUGUUACGGCUUUGUAAACCUGGCCUGCGCCCUGCAGACCCUUCUCAGGACACCUAACUGGCGACCGAGGUUUAAGUAUUACCACUGGAGUCUUUCCUUCCUUGGUCUGUCUCUUUGUAUAGCCAUCAUGUUCAUGACCAGCUGGUACUACGCUUUAUUGGCCAUGGGAAUGGCUGGUUGUAUUUACAAAUACAUAGAAUACCGUGGCGCUGAGAAGGAAUGGGGUGACGGUAUUCGUGGUUUAGCCCUGUCAGCCGCUCGUUAUUCCCUUCUGAGACUAGAGGAAGGCCCCCCGCACACGAAGAACUGGAGACCGCAGAUUCUCAUCUUAGCUAAACUGACAGACGACCUGGUACCCAAAUAUCGCAAAUUGUUCGCAUUUGCCAGUCAACUGAAGGCAGGCAAAGGCCUCACGAUCUGUGUCAGCUGCAUCGGUGGAGAUUACAUUCAAAACACUGGCAAGACUCUGGCUGCAAAGGUGAAUCUACGCAAAACGAUCGCAGAGGAGAAAGUAAAAGGAUUCGUAGACGUAUUGGUGGCUAAAGAUGUCGUCGAUGGCCUCAGUUCCUUGGUUCAGACAACUGGACUGGGUGGAAUGAAGCCAAACACUGUGAUCCUUGGCUGGCCCUAUAGCUGGAAACAAUCUCAAGAGGAUAGAACUUGGAGAGUGUUCCUGCAGACUGUCAGAGCAGUGGCAGCAGCCAGGAUGGCUCUCUUGGUGCCUAAAGGAAUUAACUUCUUCCCUGAUUCCACGGAGAAAGUAGUAGGCAAUAUCGAUGUCUGGUGGAUCGUGCACGAUGGUGGUCUCCUGAUGCUACUGCCAUUCCCAAUGAGGAUCUUCACGGUAGCUCAGAUGGAGGAUAAUUCUAUUCAGAUGAAGAAGGAUUUGAAGAAGUUCCUGUACGACCUGAGGAUUGAAGCUGAGGUGGAGAUUGUAGAAAUGAUGAAUUCCGACAUAUCUGCUUACACGUAUGAGCGAACCCUGAUGAUGGAGCAAAGGAACCAGAUGCUGCGGGAGCUGCGGCUAAACAAGAAGGAGACCCUAGGAGUGGUGCAGUCAUUGGUGGACUUCAACGAGGUGCAGGCAAUCGUGGAUCAUCACCACAACGUGGACGUGAAGGUGGCGACCAAGGUGAGAUUCCAGGAGCCUGGAAGCCAGAAUCCGAACAUAGUGGACGAGGCGCAGGAGAAGUUGGUACAGGACAUGGAUGCGAGCAAAGACGGAGAAGCAGGGGAUGCUACUGACACAGGGGAGGAAACUAAAGAAGAGAACGAGGAGGAGACGAAAUUGAUCGGUGGAUCACCGAAGCAAGAAAAUAAAGAGAACACAGAGAAGGAGGCAAAGGAGAACGAGGAAAAGAAAGCUGAUAGCCCAGAAUCCAAGAAACCUACGAUUACACCGGACGAGGGCGACGUGAAACGUAUGCACACUUCCAUCAAGUUGAACGAGGUGAUCGUGAAGAAGAGCAAAAACGCUCAGUUAGUCAUCCUGAAUCUUCCUGGACCACCAAGAGAUACCAAGAUGGAACGUGAAUCAAACUAUAUGGAAUUCCUAGAGGUUCUUACCGAGGGUCUGGAGAGGGUGCUGAUGGUACGUGGCGGCGGACGAGAAGUAAUCACCAUCUACUCGUGAACUAGACCAGCUGAAAUCGAAGUAACCGCCUCGCGACAGCGAAAAUCUAGUUUACUUCUGAAAGACCUAAACGACUUCACCCUACGGAACAUGUUGCUCUUGUGCCAUUGUCUGCGCAGUCACUUGCGUUGCGCGUUGUGAACACACAUUCAUACACAUACACACACUAACACUCGGUUAUCGGAAGAAGAGUACUGGAUGCCGAUCAUCGACGCUGUUUCCGCGGAUACACACCGGGUACCAGCAUGCCCGGAUCGGGAAUGUUGGUUGAAAGGAAAUGAACGGAAAAGAAGCUGACCCUCGACGAGAAGGCCCAAAAGUGGCAUGCCAAAGGAUAAGAUGAUUUCCUUCGAAUGAAUUUCACGCGUAAACUAGGAUACGUAGGAUCUGUCUUAUUUUACACUCGUCCCUUUUCUCGAUGAGGCUAGAGACUUAAAAGAAAAAAGCAAAAAAAAGUGGUUUUUAUCCAUGUCACACGUGUUGCACGUGUGGCCACACGACAGACAGUUAGCACAGAGCAUACUUCGACCUUGUCAUUAUACAAUCGGUUUCUGGAAGCAGUGUUUGAUAGGAAAAGAGUAAAGGGAAGGAUAGAGCGGAGUAUAUUCUUCGUCGCAGAGGUAAAGUUUCUAAAAACGAUAGCAUGAUCACGGAAUUCGAGAAAACGUGAGACUCGGUAUUAAAAUAGAAAGGAAAAGAGCGAACGAAAGGAAAGACCGAUACGUCCCGAGAAGAAAAAUUCACUAUGACUCCGACGAUUGUACUCCCAUUCGAACCUGAAAUCAAAAUUUUUGGUCCGAGGCUAAGAUCGAAGCAUCUACGAAAACCACUGCCAGAAUACUUUCUAAAUGCUUCGCGUUUAACCAAAGACGCGAGAGGCUCAUUUUUCUACACGCAUUGUCGUUAUAGAGAGUAUAAUAGGUAUGUAUAAUUCUACUGCUUAUAGGUGAACUUAGGGUAGCCUAGGAUAGCGCGGUGAAGUACGCCGACGAGCGAUGGCGCAUGCGCGUGCACGAGAUGGCGCGCGUUUCGCGCCCACGUGGCGGAAGUUAGGACAAACGUUGGCAGCGUUGAACGGUUUUAUGCGGACGCAGAACUGAAAGUGUGUCUGUGAGUCAGAGAAUGAGGCAAAUCCCCUUUUGGAAUCCUAAUUCGGGAAACGAACAGGCAAGACGUGGUACACGAAUUAUCGAGUAAUUCAUUGGCGAUAUUAUAGUGAAAUUUAACGAUGAAAAAUUUCCCGAAGCAACCAUAGAAAAUUCUCGACGUAUUAGGAAAAGUACAUGACUGCCAAAAGAAAAGAAUAUUAUUGGAACUUAUUACUCAAGGAUCGUGUACGAGAUGGACGGUAACGAGAUGCAGAAGAAAGGGUUGAGAUUUUCGGUGUGCUAGAAACGAAGCAUAUUGCUAAGAUAUUCUUGAAAUGAACAAUUUCUAUCACUCAACAUCGAUACAACGUCAGGAUUCCAAUAGCAAUACGUUCACAGUUUACUUAAAAUUAUGAAUCCGUAUCACUGCAUCGCUGAGACAUAGGUCUACUUACGAUUAACGAUUCUAACGCUAAAUGUCCUAAGGAAAGUAUAUAUACCGCGAAAUCUUUUUCGAGUUACUAAUUCGCAAUCUUCGUAUCGAUAUAACACGAGGAAUUAGCAAUAGUAGAACUAACCAUAGAAUUCAAGUUUCUUAAUAUACUACAAAAAAAGUAACGCGAAAGUCUUGAGACAUACUAAUCUAGAUGAUCAAUGUAAACACCAAAGGUUGAUAGCACUAGAAUCCAGACUUUAAACGAUAAAACGGAUCUAUUAAUGCAUCGACAUAACCUGAAAGGUUAGCAACAAAUUGCUAGCACAAGUACGCACAGAGCAUCAAUGUGAAAGAAGUCUAUCUUUUCAUUCAUCGUUAUAUAUAUACAUAUAUAUAUUCAACUAUAUCGAGUCUAAAAAUCUCAGACGCCUCGACAUUGCGUCCCCAUAAAGGUUCAAGCCGUAGCGUUUACUUCCAACUAGCGCCGCGAACGACGAACGGAGGAAACACAGCGAGCAUUCACGCAUCACCUACAGGACUGAAGUUCGUUCUUUCCAUUGUACUCCUCGACCUCUUGCGCGUCGAAAUCUUCGUCUAGUUUCGCGUUUAUACUGUCCAAGGCCUACCGGUUCGAUUCACCGCUCUAGUACGCCUAUGUAAAAGGAUCGCACUCGUGCAACCAUGGCGAUAGCCUUAAAACAACGUGUGUCACGAUGUCGCCUGCGCAUAGGGUUACAGAACGAACGAACGGUGAAUGCCAAAAAUACAUCACAUCUUUCGCGAGGAUCCUUAACCGACUUUCAUCGAAGGAUAGCGUGUAGCGUUGUAAUUGGUCGUAUUUAAGUGUCGUGUGUAUGUCACGUUUCAUGCACGGCCAGCAACUCUCUGGCUGUGCUUCAUUUUUAGAUAGGCACUAUCUAAUAUAUAUAUGUAUAUACAUAUAUGUGUAUAUGCG